GCACGACACGUCACGUGACCGCGCCGCUGGCUCCUCGGUCGUCACGGAGCAGUCGAGCCUGUUUUGCCUUUCAAUCGGUGCAGUCUUAAUCAGCCAGACAUGAUGACCACGAUAAGAAAAUAGAGAGGUCUGCGGCGAGGUUAAAGCCAGCCCGACACCGGGAGAGAGAGAACACCAGGUUUUACCCGAGUGUGUAGCUGUCAAUGCUGGACUCCCUGAUCUCCCGGCAUUAGGAUCCGCGAGGCUGGGACGACGCCUAGCCACCCACCAAAACCACCUGACCUAACAUGAUGGCCUCCAGCGAUGUAGACACCCGAGCAGAAGGUACUUUGUUCUCCGACCAAAAUCCAUCAGAAAUGGACGCUUUAUGUCCCUCUCCCCCUGGACCUACCAGACCCCAACGCCACUACGAGAGGAUUGGAGGACGGGAGGGAACAUCUUUUUGUCAGACUCUUAUCCACCUGUUGAAAGGGAACAUCGGUACAGGGCUGCUGGGGCUGCCUCUGGCUGUCAAGAAUGCAGGCCUGGUGCUUGGACCCAUCAGCCUGCUGUGUAUGGGUGUCAUAGCGAUCCACUGUAUGAGGAUGCUGGUGAAAUGUUCCCACCACCUCAGCUCAAAGAUUAACCGGCCGUCUCUGACCUACGGUGAGGCGAUGCAGUACGGGAUGGAAAACGUGUCAUGGCUGAGGAGACACUCAAACUGGGGAAAACACACGGUGAACUUGUUUCUAAUCAUCACCCAGCUGGGCUUCUGCUGCGUCUACUUUGUCUUCCUCAGUGACAAUAUCAAGCAGGUGGUAGAAGCAGCCAACGCCACCACCUUCAGCUGCCACAUGAACUACACCAACCAGACCCAGAUCCUGGUGCCGAGCUUCGACUCCCGUCUCUACAUGCUCUGCUUCCUGCCGUUCGUCAUCCUGCUGGUUUUCGUCCCCGACCUGAAGUACCUGGCUCCCCUCUCUCUGGUGGCAAACCUGGUCAUGACCGCCAGCCUGGUCCUCAUUUACUGGUACUCACUCACGAACAUUCUGUAUCCCAUCAACCUACCAAAAGUGGGCAGAGCUAAAGACUACCCUCUCUUCUUUGGGACAGCCAUCUUUGCCUUCGAAGGGAUCGGAGUGGUUCUUCCCCUGGAGAACAAGAUGCAGAGGCCUCAGGGUUUCAUCCCGGUUCUGUAUACGGGGAUGGGCAUCGUUACCUUCCUCUACAUCAGCCUCGGUACCAUAGGAUACAUGUGCUUUGGAGAGCACAUAGGAGGGAGCAUCACUCUCAACCUGCCAAACUGCUGGACGUACCAGGCGGUGAAACUGCUGUACUGUUUUGGUAUUUUCAUCACAUUCGCCCUCCAGUUCUACGUUCCAGCGGAGAUUCUCAUCCCACCAGUAGUUGCUCGCGUGUCAGAGAGGUGGGAGAAAGCCGUCGACCUGCUGCUCCGAACCGUCCUGGUCAUCUUCACAUGUGCUCUCGCCAUCCUGAUACCGGAGCUGGACCUCGUCAUCUCGUUGGUCGGCUCGGUCAGCAGCAGUUUCCUGGCGCUGAUCUUCCCUCCCAUCCUCCAGACUCUAACUUUUCACGGGGAGGGCCUGUCGCCUGUGGUGACCAUCAAGAACAUCGUCAUCAGCCUGAUCGGGCUGAUCGGGUUCCUCACGGGAACCUACAUCGCCAUCGAGCAGAUCAUCCACCGUAACGCACUCAAACAUGAAGAGACGUUCUCCUCCUACAUGGUCCAGUGAUGAAAUGACUGCUGGCAGGUGGACGUAACUCACCCACGCCAUUUAGAAACCAUUUAGGGCACAUUUUUUAUUUUAUUUUCCUCUUCUUCGAUUUGCUGCUGUUGGAUAUGGCAGUCAUUUUAGCAUUAUUCUAUCACACGUUUAAGCAGUUUGAAGCUGUACGGAUCGGUGGUGCUCGGUGUCGUGUUUCAUUAUGUCACUGCUUUACUACAGUGUCCUGUCGUAUCCGACAUACAUGCUAGUUACUCAUAUUUCAUCAAGUCCAGGAAUUUAGUGCAAUCUAAUGAAAACAUAAUUAUGAAACAAGCUAAAUAAUUCUUUCAUGUAGCUUCAAAAGAUUUUAAGAGAUUUAAAGGUUUUUAGAGGUAAUUUAUCAUGUUGACAACCUGAAUAUAUUGAUGUUUAAUCAAACUACCUCACAAAAUGGUAUCAAUUUGGUCAUUCUAAACGUUUUUUAACAUCCAGAUUAGAUGCUGUUGCUGAACAUUUAAUGGACUUGUUACCCCGAACAGCUUCUCAUUUAGAGCAUUAAGAGUUUGACCACCCACCACCUCAUUUAGAAAAAAAAAUUAACCUUUGUUUUGUUGCACUUUGAUUUAUGCCUUAUUCAGUGAGACGGCACACUACUUAUACAUAGACAACACAUCACACAAACUUUAAAUCAAGUAACUGUAACUUAAAAAGUACAGACAACAGAGUUUGUUUUUAACAAAACACAGGACAAAGAAAGGGUUGAGUAUCAAAAGGGUUUUCAAUUGGAACCAGUUUCAAAUGAAUG